AUGUCACAGAUGCUGCACAUAGAAAUUCCCAACUUUGGGAACACCGUCUUGGGCUGCCUGAAUGAGCAGAGGCUGCUGGGGCUUUACUGUGAUGUCUCCAUAGUUGUCAAAGGCCAAGCCUUCAAGGCACAUCGUGCGGUGUUAGCAGCCAGCAGCCUGUACUUCAGAGACUUGUUUAGCGGGAACAGCAAAAGUGCAUUUGAGCUCCCAGGUACCGUGCCACCAGCCUGCUUCCAGCAAAUCCUUUCAUUUUGUUACACUGGGAAACUCACAAUGGCCGCAAGUGAACAGCUGGUAGUGAUGUACACUGCAGGUUUCCUACAGAUCCAACAUAUCGUAGAAAAAGGGACAGACUUGAUGUUCAAAGUGAGUUCUCCCCACUGUGACUCUCAAACCACCAUGAUAGAAGAUCCUAGUUCGGAACCUCAGAGCCCUUGUAACCAAUUGCAGUCUGCUUCUGUGCCCUACGUCAUGUCCCCUUCCAUGCCCAUCCCGCUCCUCACCCGGGUGAAACAUGAAAAUCUCGAGCUGCAACCCACAGCUGUGUCAGGCCUUCCUGCCAAGCGACCCUUGGAAGCCAGCACUCGGGAUAGUACAGGAGGGAGCAUUUCUAAUGCUGCUCCGCUAAAGUUGUCUCGUGUUUCAUACUAUGGAAUGCCCAGUUUAGCUACUCUCAUCCCAAACAUACAGCAAGUGCAGUACUCCCAAGGGGAGCGGACGAGCCCAGGAGCCAGCAGCAUUCCAACUACUGAUAGUCCCACUUCCUACCACAAUGAGGAGGAUGAAGAAGAUGAUGAGGCUUAUGAUACCAUGGUCGAAGAACAGUAUGGUCAGAUGUACAUCAAAUCCUCAGGAGGAUAUUCAGUGGCUCAAGAGAAGCCAGAGCAGAUCCCACUAGAGAGUCGUUCCUGUGUCCUCAUUCGACGUGAUUUAGUUGCUCUCCCAGCAAGUCUUAUCAGUCAAAUUGGAUAUCGGUGCCACCCAAAACUCUACUCAGAGGGAGAUCCCGGAGAAAAACUUGAACUUGUUGCAGGCUCAGGUGUUUAUAUCACCCGGGGGCAGCUCAUGAACUGUCAUCUAUGCGCAGGUGUCAAACAUAAGGUUCUUCUGAGACGUCUUCUAGCCACUUUCUUUGACCGGAACACACUUGCCAAUAGCUGUGGAACUGGAAUUCGGUCCUCCACGAGUGAUCCCAGCAGGAAGCCUCUGGACAGCAGGGUUCUUAAUGCAGUGAAAUUGUAUUGUCAGAAUUUUGCCCCAAGCUUUAAGGAAAGCGAGAUGAAUGUUAUUGCAGCCGAUAUGUGCACCAACGCCCGACGAGUCCGCAAGCGCUGGCUUCCGAAGAUUAAGUCCAUGUUGCCAGAAGGGAUGGAGAUGUACCGCACAGUCAUGGGCUCCACAACAAACAGUGUCCCCCUGGAUCCGGAAUUCCAACCCAGCACCGCUCAAGUCUUUGAGCAGCGAAUCUAUGCAGAAAGGAGGAGUGAUUCGGGAACUAUAGUAGCUUUGAGAACUAACACAGUAAAUGUCGAUCUAAGCAAUGGAUCCAACCAAUCAUUUGAACAGAGUGAGGAUGCCGAAGGGGCUGGUUCUGGUAUACAGGAGGCAGCUGGAACAGAUGCCGUGGCGUCAGAUACCCAAAGCACUCCACAACCUUUCGAACAAGGUGCUGGCUCCGCUAGCCGGCCAGAAACUCCCGUGAGAAGACAAGAUGGUACUUAUGGAGGGACUUUAUAA